GGACCUACAGAGACAGUCAGAGGUCCUGAUGACCUCUAUACUGUCAGCAGCAGAGUGACUGUGGACAAGAGACACAGCAACAGCUUCACCUGCAGAGUCCAACAGAACCACAUCAACCAGACCAGAGAGACACACGUCCAGAUUUCAGAGGACGUUUUCGCGGCGCCGUCUUGUUCUGCCGUCCGCAUCGCUUUGAUCGUGUCUGUUUGCUUCCUGCUUUCCUGCGUUUGUGGUGCUCUCUUUGUUUAUGGAAGACAAACACGAAACCGAGGCGACAAAAAGAUGCAGCAUGAAAACAAAAGUGAAGACGGAGCAGGAGAAAGCGGAGAAGGCGAGCAGCUUGUUGAAGGACGUACGAACAGGAGGGAUUCGGAUGAGCAGAAGUUACAGGAGAAACAGGAGGAGAAGACAAAGAUCGAACAUGUGAUUUCAGUACUGAUGGAGCAGAAAACAGAACUGGAUACCACGAGAGCAAAACACAGGUCAGAGCUGACGAAGGUGGAAGAAGAGAGGAAGAAGAACGAGAAGAAACUUGAAAAAAUAGACCAUGAGUUUAAUGUGAAGAAAGAUGCCAAAAAGAACGAGCUAUUAAACAUGAAACAACAACUGGACAACGAGAAGACAGAAUGUCAGAAAUCUUUACAGAAAAUUGCACAACAGCUAGAGAAAACAGAGGACAUAAUUACAAUAAUGACAGAGCUGAAGACGAAAUCAGAAAAUCAGGUUGAGCAAAUGAAGAUACAAAUUGAGAAGAAAAAG